CGUGGUUUGCUGCGCACUGAUGAAGAUGUUGUGGAAAAGGCUGAGAGAGGCGCAGGGAUGUUUAUCCAGUUCAGAUCAUUGAGCAGUCCUGCACCGAUUUUUGAGGGACAGAGUGAUCCGUUUUGGUGAGAGUGCCCAUGGAGCUGGUCCUGGUUUUCCUUUGCCUUCUGUCUUUCACUUCUCUGGUCCUCAGUGUCCCUGACCAUCACCAUGGUGACAACAGCACCCAUCACCACGACUACUGCGUGCUUGGGGCUGGACCUGCAGGCCUGCAGAUGGGCUACUUCCUCUCUCGCAGUCAAAGAGACUACAUAAUACUAGAGAGAAAUGCUGGACCUGGAAGUUUUUUCCAGAAGUAUCCUCGGCACAGAAAACUUAUCAGCAUCAACAAAAUCUACACAGGCAGGCAGAACAAGGAAUUCAACCUGCGCCAUGAUUGGAACUCCCUGCUGAGUGACAGGCCAGACCUGCUGUUUCAGAGAAUCAGCCGGGACCUUUACCCUGAGGCUGACACCUACCCUCUCUACCUCUCUAUUUUUGAGAGCGAGCUGGGGCUGAAGGUUAAAUAUGGGACCGAUGUAGGAAGGGUUCGAGCUUCGGAUUUGACUGGAAGCAAAAGCUACAUAUUGACCGACCAGCAUGGGACAGAUUAUAAAUGCAGAGUUCUGUUAGUGUCCACAGGCCUGUGGGUUCCUGAGCAGGUGGACUUUGUCGGCUCUGAUUUAGUGGAAGGCUAUGAGUCCAUUUCCACUGAUCCUGAGGAGUACAAAGAUCAGGCUGUGCUGAUCCUGGGCAAAGGAAACUCAGCCUUCGAGACAGCGCAGAGCAUUUUGGGCAGAGCCAGUCGGAUCCAUCUUUACAGCCCGAGUCCUGUACGACUAGCCUGGCAAACACAUUAUGUUGGAGACCUCAGGGCAGUGAAUAAUGAGUUGUUAGACACAUACCAGCUGAAAUCUCUAGAUGGCUUAGUGGAGGGAGGACUGGAGGACAUUGCAAUUGUCCGUAGGAGAAGAGAAGGAGGGAAAAAGAGAACUGGAAAAAAGAGGACUGCAACGUCUUCAGAGAGAAAAGAACAGUUCUACCUCACACUCUCUGAGCUUUUGGACGGCCAGGACAGCAGCAAGAGUGCUAACAUCACUGCUGAAAAUCUGCCUGGGUACCAUGAUGACAACUUCUCAUUACGUCAACCAUAUGACCGUGUGAUCCGCUGCCUGGGGUUCCGCUUUAACUUCACCAUCUUUAAUGGCUCAGCCCGUCUGCCACACAGCAGUUGUGCUCGUGGCCGUCUUCCAGCAGUGACGGCGUGGUACGAGGGCAGAGGAACCCCCAAUCUGUUCGUCCUAGGAACAGCUGCACACUCCAGAGACUACCGGACGUCAGCUGGAGGGUUCAUUCAUGGAUUUCGCUACACAGUGCGUGCCGUACAUAAGGUCUUGGAGCAGCGUUACCAUAACAACGCUUGGCCAGCUGCCAGACUGUCCACCAGUCAACUACUGUCUUGGAUUUUGAAAAGAGUUAAUGAAGCCUCUGGACCAUACCAAAUGUUUGGAGUUUUGGGGGACAUUAUACUACUGCAAGGAGCUCACUGUGAAUAUCUGGAGGAGUUUCCCGUGCAGGCUCUGCCUCAGUUCUCUGCUCUGUCUGGCCGGCGUAUAUCUGAGCAUGGUCUCCUGGUUGUGGUCAUGCAGUACGGACUGAACCACACCAACACCCUUGCGCCAGGCCGGGCCGAAUCAGAGUGGACCAAAGCCUGGAAGUCCAACUUCCUUCACCCUGUCAUCUACUACUACCGCACACUGCCCACAGAAAAAGACAUGAGGCAGCGUCCAGUUGGCUGGCCACUGCCACGUCCUGAUGCUGUGCAUCACAUGGUUGAAGACUUCCUGACCGAAUGGGACCAGCCCAUCUCUCACAGCCAGCCACUCAGACGCUUCCUUGAACACUGCCUUAAAACCGACCUCAGAGCAUUUUACGCAGAAUCCUGUUUUCGUCUUUCUCUCACUAAUCGCAAGCCGCCCCUCUUCUGUCGUCAAGGCUACCUGAACAAAGAGGGCUUUAUGGGUAAUAGUCACCUGUGGCAGCAUGCCCGGGAAGCUGGACUCAUGCCAGCACAUCAGGGCUCAGUUAUUCCUGCUGAUGACGGGCCGUUUUCUGAAUACCUGCCGCAUACUGCUGCUGCAGUAACUUCGACAAUCAACUUUGACCUCUAAAGGGACCUAUAGAACCAAAGAUCAAGUCCUCUGUGGUUAUGAAACUCCUUUUCAUCCGUCUAUACCUCUUUGUAGUACUCACUAAAUGCAGAGAUCGUUAUUACACUAUUAUUUGUCAGGAUGUUGUAUAAGCAAAGCUGCUCAUGUUAUUAUUGUGUAGAGUUUAUGUUAAGUUCUGCUAUGGGAUACAAUUUUAUUUAUUUUUUUAUACUUGCUGGGUACUUUCACAGGUUUACAUAUGUUUAAAUGUGCAAAUACAUGCCAGUAUUGAGUGAAGUGAGAUUACAGAAAUGCUGUACAAACCACAGCUUCAAAAUGAUACAAUGGAGUUAGUCCUCUCAAUUUUGGGAUGGGGAUCAUAUUUAAAGCAAAGUGAGUUUUAUUUUGUAUUUUUCUGAUGUAAAUGUUUAAUGUCAGAUUCACUGUUCUCAUAGUGAAAAGACUGUAUACCGGAUCCAAACAUUGUUUGGAACACAACAGAGCUGGAAUCUGAAACUUUUACAGGAAUAUUAAUAAACACUGUUAUGCAACACUAGCAUAUUUUUAAAUGUUGGGUGCAGUAUAGUUGACUAGAUGCCAGUAGUACAAAUAUUUGUAAUGUAAUUAUGUAAUUAUGCCAGUUGGUACAGAUUAAUGUUGGUAUGAAAGGGGCACUCUGGCCAAAAUGAAAAAUAUAACCAUUGCUACAUCUGUUGUAAACAUGCCUGAAUGUCUCCUACAGAAAACAAGAGACCAGAGAGUAAAAUUUUCUGGAUUAAAGAUGAUGAGGAAACCCCUCUUCUGAUAUAUUUUAAA